AUUUCCGUUUUACGACAGUCGACAUACCAAAUCGCCAUAACUGAGUGCACAACUGUAUCGCUGUUCUGGUCUAGAAGGCCAAAUAGCGACAAGCGUCAUGUUGCGUUUGCCAGCCGUCAGCCGUGCCAUAGCGGGGGUGGCCCACUCUAAAGCAUGCCUGGCCCCAGCUAGUAAUGUUCGUACAUCUGUGCGGGCUUCCAGUAACUUGGUCGAAGUCUUUGUUGAUGGAAAGCCAGUUAUGGUGGAGCCUGGUACUACAGUGCUUCAGGCCUGUGAGAAGGUUGGCGUGCAGAUCCCCCGUUUCUGUUUCCAUGAGCGUCUGUCGGUAGCAGGGAACUGCCGCAUGUGUUUAGUGGAGAUUGAGAGAGCACCAAAGCCUGUGGCAGCAUGUGCUAUGCCUGUUAUGAAGGGCUGGAACAUUCUGACAGACUCAGAGAAGACACGCAAGGCCAGGGAGGGUGUAAUGGAGUUCCUGCUGGCUAACCAUCCUUUGGACUGUCCAAUCUGUGACCAAGGAGGAGAGUGUGACCUCCAGGACCAGUCCAUGCAGUUCGGCACAGAUAGGAGCCGCUUUCUGGAGGGCAAGAGGGCAGUAGAGGACAAGAACAUCGGCCCGCUCAUCAAGACCAUCAUGACCCGCUGCAUUCAGUGCACACGCUGUGUCCGCUUUGCCAGUGAGAUUGCGGGUGUUGAAGACCUGGGUACAACAGGCAGAGGCAACUCCAUGCAGAUCGGUACCUAUGUGGAGAAAAUGUUCAUGUCUGAGCUGUCUGGAAAUGUGAUCGAUGUUUGUCCUGUGGGAGCACUCACCUCCAAGCCCUACGCUUUCACCUCACGACCCUGGGAGACCAGGAAGACCGAGUCCAUAGAUGUGAUGGAUGCUCUGGGAAGUAAUAUUGUUCUGAGCACCAGAGGAGGGGAGGUCAUGAGGGUUCUGCCUCGUCUCAAUGAGGAUGUUAACGAGGAGUGGAUCUCCGACAAGACCAGGUUUGCUUAUGAUGGCUUGAAGAGGCAGCGUCUGACCCAGCCGAUGGUGAAGGAUGCCUCAGGACAGCUGGUUGCCACGACAUGGGAGGAUGUGCUCACCCGUGUGGCUGGAGUGCUCCAGACCGUGCAGGGGAACGAGGUGGCUGCCAUUGCAGGUGGCAUGGUGGACGCUGAGUCUCUGGUGGCCCUGAAAGACUUGCUCAAUCGCCUCAACAGCGACAACCUCUGUACUGAGGAGGUCUUUCCCAUGGCUGGGGCGGGUGCUGACCUGCGUUCCAACUACCUGCUGAACUCACGCAUUGCCGGUAUUGAGGAGUGUGAUCUGCUGCUGCUUAUUGGGACCAACCCACGCUACGAGGCCCCACUCUUCAACGCCCGUAUCCGCAAGAGCUGGCUGCAUAAUGAGCUGCAGGUAGCAAUGGUGGGCCAUCAGGUGGAGCUCAGCUAUUCCUAUGAGCACCUGGGAGACUCCACACAGGUGUUGAAGGACAUCGCUGCUGGCACACAUCCCUACUGCAAGGCAUUGGCCCAGGCCAAGCGGCCAGUGGUGGUGGUUGGCAGUGCCACUCUGCAGAGGGCCGAUGGGGCAGCCAUAAUGAACGCAGUCUCCACCAUCGCCCAGAAUGCCCGCGCAAGCAGUGGUGUGGAGGAGGGAUGGAAGGUCCUGAAUGUACUUCACAGGGUGGCCAGUCAGGUUGCUGCGCUGGAUCUGGGAUACAAGCCAGGUGUGGAGGCUGUCAGAAAGGCCCCCCCCAAGGUGCUGUUCUUGCUGGGGGCUGAUGCUGGCUGCAUCACUCGCCAGGACCUGCCCAAGGGCAGCUUCAUCAUCUACCAGGGUCACCAUGGCGAUGUGGGAGCCCCCAUGGCGGACAUCAUCCUGCCCGGCGCAGCGUACACAGAGAAGAACGGCACCUACGUCAACACAGAGGGCCGUGCCCAGCAGACCCGCAUCGCUGUGACCGCGCCCGGCAUGGCCCGCGAGGACUGGAGGAUAAUCAGGGCCGUGUCUGAGUUGGCUGGUGUCACACUGCCCUACGACACCCUGGCAGAGGUGAGGGAACGACUGGAAGAGGUGGCUCCCAACCUGGUUCGCUACGAUGAUGUGGAGCAAGCCAACUACUUCAAGCAGGCCAACGAACUUGCACAGACUGUCGAUCAGACAUUACUAGCUGACCCUCUGGUCCCCCCUCAGAUAACCGUUAAAGACUUCUACAUGACAGAUCCCAUCAGCCGGGCAUCCCAGACAAUGGCCAAGUGUGUGAAAGCUGUGACUGAGGGAGCAGAUGCUGUUGAUGAGCCUUCCAUUUGCUAAAACACUUCCUUGUCUGUCAGAUCAAAUGCAUAACCUUCAUGUGUGAGACCUUCGUCCUUAACGCAAACCUACCACACACAUACACGCACUCACACACACACACAAAUACUUCAGUCACUAUCACCAUAAACACAAUAUUCACAAGUGUCUCCAAUGUUCCAUGCCAACUCUGACCUGUCAUAUCUCAGAACCAGAAUUGUUCAAACCAGUUCAUAUACAACAGUGUGAAAUGUUAUUCUUGCUUUAUAUAUUUAAGUAUGGUAUGGUUAGGCAAACAAUGUCGUUGUAUAGAUUUCAUUCCCAAGUGAAGGUCGUGGGGAGCAGCUUUGUUAAAGAAAGCUUAUACUGUGGUGAAAAUGAAUAAAACAUCUAUUAUUACAGUC